AUGGCGAGAGAAAAUUUAGGUUUGCCUCGCAUGCGCGCGAAAAGGGCCUGUUUAUCUUGCAACACCCGCCGCGUGCGCUGCAAUGUGCUGGAGAAACAGCCAUGCCGGAAUUGUGUAGCCUGGAAUCUGUCUUGCGAGAUAGGCCCGUCACGACGUGGAAAGCAAAUACCUACGCCGAUCCAAAAAAGCUGUGGGGACUCCAGUGAUACCGAUCAUUAUGAGGACGCAGGAGUACCGCAAAUUCAUCAAGAACCUUUAUAUGAUUCUAGUUCUAAUUAUGAGCCUUCGAUUGGGUCGACAACUUCUGGUCAUUCGUUCCAUAAAACCAUGUUCCUAGGAAAGUCAAGCGCUUUGACAUGCAUACUUUGA